AUGAAGGACAUUGAAGAAGUGGACACAUCAUGUAAUGCAGUUUUUUCUGACCCUCCAGGAGAAGAACUGACACCUUUGCAGUAUUUUGGAACAAUGUGUAGCGAUGACAUUAUCCAGAAGCUAGUCGAGCAACCUAAUCUAUGCUGCAUACAGAAAACAGGUGCACCUUUAGAUACAAAUGUUCGUGAAAUAGAAAAGUAUGUUGGGAUAAACGUCCUAGAAGGUGUUGUGAAAAUGCCUAGUUGCAGAAUGUACUGGACAGAGGCUACAAGAUUUUCUCCAAUAGCUGUCUCAAUGCCUAGAAAUAGGUUUGAUAAGCUAAGAAAUUAUUUACAUGUAAAUGACAACACGAAAAUGAAACAAAGAGAGGACCCUGAUUAUGACAAGCUGCUCAAGGUGAGACCAUUUGUUGACAAAAUCAAACAAGGUUUUUCAAUUAUUGAACCUGAGGAAUAUCAUUCAGUGGAUGAAUUAAUCAUUCCUUUCAAAGGUCAUUCAUCCCUGAAACAGUAUGUAAAAAGCAAACCACACAAGUGGGGUAUAAAAGUUUUUGCCCGUGCUGAUUCUAGUGGAAUUGUGUGCGACUUUGAAAUAUAUCGAGGGAAAGGAACUGUACAUAAUGAUACUGGUCUUGGUAUAAGUGGUGAUAUUGUGCUAAGGCUUGUGGAAGGACUGCCAAAAUAUAAAAAAUUUAAAGUGUUUACAGACAAUUGGUUCACCUCUUACAAUCUUAUUUCUUCCCUGAAAAACUAUGGCAUUUUGGCUGUUGGAACUGUUAGACCCACAAGACUUCAAGGCUGCAAUCUAAAAGCAGACAGUGAGCUGAAAAAGCAGGGACGAGGAUCAUACGAUUAUCGAACUGAAACAGAAAGGAACAUCAUAGCGCUGAAGUGGUAUGAUAACAAGUCUGUCGUUCUUGCAUCAUCAUACAAAGGAGUAAGUCCAGUAGAACUAGUGAAAUGUUGGUCAGUGGGAGAACGAAAAUAUAUUGAUGUUCCAAGGCCAGACAUUGUUAGAGAAUAUAACCAUUGA